UUUAUAUAAAGGAAGGAAGUCAAGGAACUACUCCGCUGUGAAGCAGCAACGGUCCGCUGGCUCAGGCUCAGUGACAGUGGGAGAAUGGAGAGUGGAGAGCGAGCUUCUCCAUCUAUCACUCUAUCAGUGGAAGCUAUGGAGAAAUCUGUGACCGCCCUCGCUACAAUCAGCAGCAGCAACAGGCUAAAGAGAGAAGAUUGCAGGCGUACCAAGCAUGACUCUGCUUUCUCACCGUGGAAGGUUCUAAUUGGACCCUCUGAUUGGGAAGACCAUUCAAAUGGGAAGGAAGGGGCUGAAAGAUACAGGACGCAGAACCUCCCAAAUUGCACUUCCUGUACUGGAGUUUAUGAGCUUGGCACAGCUGUAUGGCGUAGUAAAUCUCGGCGAGAUGCUGGCAAACUUGAUCCGGACUUUAUAAUUCCUGUUUACCUUGGAAAAUCUGACAACGUUAGGAAUAGACUACAGCAGUAUGGGCGCGAAGGGGCUCAUUUGGAGAAUGGCAGCUCCAACACUAAGUUGAAUGGUUGCAACGGAAGGUUGGCUCAAACGGGAUCUGGAUUGUUCAAGGACAUAUUUUCUGAAGGGUUCUCCAUUGUCUACAGAUGGGCUCCUAUGAAGAGUACAAGGGAUGCUGAUAAAACUGAAUCUGAUCUGCUUGGCAAGUUUGAUUACGCAUGGAAUAAGGGAAGUAAUGGUCCUCGCCGACACAAUGAUAUACUCAAAAUGCUUGAUCGCAUCUCUAAAACUUCUCCCUUUAUGGCAAAGCUACAGGUUUUAUCUCAAAAGAAGAAGGGAAUAAAAAUCAAAGCUUACAAACCACCUUUUGUGGAGAAUGGAUUGGACUUUUACACUAGCUUGGAAACUAAUGGCCUCCUCGCUCAAAUUUUCAAAUUUGGACGAUCACAGCCAAGAUUGAUUGUCAGAUCUGUUAUCAACGAAAAUUACAUUAGCAUCUGUGGUGUCGCUUUAGGUCAUGGAGUCGUCUGUAAAAGGGCACCAGCUGAAGGGAACAAAAGGUGUUCAGAGCAUAAAGGCAUGAAAGUAAAUGGUUUCACAUCUAAGUUACUUAAAGAUGGAAAAUCAACUUUGGUUGCAAAUGAGUAUCCUAUAAACAAGACAUUCACCCCACCUUGUGGAGUCAUUUUGGAUGAUGGCUCUUGCUGUACAAGCAAACCAGUCCAAGGAAACAAGAGAUGCCUGGAGCAUAAGGGAAGGAAAAUCAAUAAUUUCCCUCAGCUAGUAAAUGAUAAGAAAGCAAAUUAUGUGUACGGUCCAGUUCUGGACUAUAAUACAUCCCUCAGUAAAGCUGGCCACACUGAUUCUAGCUCAACUAUAUGUGGAGUGGACCUAGACGAUGGGACUUUUUGCACCAGGCAACCUCCGGCGGCUAGAAAGAGGUGCGAGGAGCACAAGGGCAAGAGGAUCAAAGAGACCAUUAGUAUUUCCCAUAGAGAUGAAAUCCCCAGCUCGUUUAUACAUUCAGGUCCCAAAAUUGGGAUACAGGAGAGCCAGAAUCAUUCACUUAUUCCUUCAGUUUUUUGUGAUAUAACUUCUCCAGCAUGUGGGGCAGCAACACAUGAUGGUUCAUUCUGCAGUAGAAAACCUACAGAAGGAAAUAAAAGAUGCUGGCAGCAUAAAGGCAUGAGAGUUGAUGCAAGUCCAACAAGUAGCUCUUGUAAUAACUCAAGGCGAAGUAGUACUUCUCUUCAGUAUGCCUCUGAGGACUUUACAUCAACUUGUGGGGCAGCAUUACAGAAUGGUUCACAUUGUAGCAGGAAACCUACUAACGGGAAUAAAAGAUGUUCGCAGCACAAAGGCAGGAGGGCUGAUUUAAGUCCCAGAAAUAGUAAUGACUUCAGGUAUUAUGCUAACUCUUUCAGUUAUGCAUCUCAUGGUUCCGCAUAUGAAACUUUUUCAUCAACUUGUGGUGCACCCACGCUCAGUGGUUCUUAUUGCAGAAGGUCAACAGCUGGCGGUAGAUGUUGGCAGCACGAAGGUUAUGCUAACUCUUACAGUUAUGCCUCUUAUGGUUCUGCAUAUGGAAAUUUUUCGUCAACUUGUGGUGCACCCACGCGCAGUGGUUCUUCCUGCAGCAGGUCAACAGCUGGUGGUAGAUGUUGGCAGCACGGAGGCUAGCGGACCUAAGUUCAGAAACAAGUGCUGUAUGAUAAUAGAAGUAUUGUGUCUUUUUCAUCCCGAUAAAAUGCUGAAUAUUAGUGUCUUAUGACACUUCAUGCAUAUUCUGCAUCCUGAAAAAUGUUAAGCAGAGCAGAACCUGCAUUGUUCAAGUGUUUGUAUAAUAUAGACGUAGUGUAACUUGCAUCUGUCCAUAUAAAAUAACGAUCAUAGCAUCUUAGCUAGAGUGGGAGUGGUAAAUCCCUUGUUGAUCUGUUGAUUGGCCUAACCAGCCUGCUUAGCAUCGCUUUGUAGCUUUUAGAUUUGUUUGUCUAAAGAAAAAUGGCUUUGUAGCUCUGCUAACGUUGGAAUAUCUGUUCUUCUUGCAUCAGCCAGAAUGCUCUAACCAUUUACUCGUGUCAGUUGAUAAUGAACAUCAGACUCUUACCUGUUAGCUAAAGAAAAAAAGGUACAGGAUCUCAUUGUCUUUGUUCCUUCUUUUGAUCGAUAGCGACUGUGGUGUUACCAAACCUGUACCUUUUGUCCAUGCCCACUGAAUUAACAUUCCUUUGAUGCACAUCCUCUUUGCUAAUUUAAAUAAUCCAUAGGACCAUAGCCAUACUAGGAGGGAUUCCAGUUCUUCAACACACAAGACUCCAAUGGACCGACCAACAGCAUAAAAUACUUGCAACUCUUCUAGAAGGUUGAACAAUUUUUCAUGCGACAGAAGCAUCUAAAACCAAAUAAAUGUAUACCAAAUGAAGCACUCUGGUAUAAUUUAGGCUUCAUGGCUGUUCCAUUAUGAAUGUUUACUGCAACAAUUAAGAUCAGAAUGCUUGUAACAUUCUGCAGAUUUACGACAUAUCAGCUUGCUUGCCAACUGGGGUCAAUCCUGCUACUACCACCAAAUGACAAUGGAGCUUCAUCAUAACAAAAUCCAAGCCUUGGCAGUACAAGCGGCUUCAGAAUCUCAGUAAACAUCAAUUGCCUGCAAGCAAAUCUGCAGCUGAAACUAUUUCUGCCUCAAUCUCUAUUCCAACUUCAACUCAAGCUUAUCCCGCUCCCAAAAAACACAGCACAGAGCCAGCUAAGAGCAGUACAAAGUGAAAGGAACCUGCAAGCAGCAACAAUCCGCCAAAGCAUGCAAAACUGGGGUGAAUGCUCCCUUCGUCACCAGCUUCAAAAGCCUGCCUACUGUCAUGACCAACCUUUGUAGACCAAAGAAUGCAAGUAGCAGAGAGAGACCUCCCUCUUUUUGUCAAGGCUAUCAGCUGCUACAAACACGCUACCAGCCUACUUAGAAGUCUCUACUAGAAAUCAUAAAACUCCAUCAAUGCAAGCAAUUAGUGUAAUUAAAAAAACAUCUGUGGAAAGACUCUUAUGUACGUGUAAAUAUAACAUUUUACUGC